AUGUCUUUAAUUGAAGUCCUUUUUUUCCUUGCCACUCUCCCCUCGUCUGCAUACCUAUCUAGCCUAGGAACUUUUGCAGUUGCUAUAACCACUGUUAUGGCAGCACCGACAUAG